GAAACCGAAACUUAGAAAUCAGAGCAAUAAGGAAACUAUGCCACCAGAAUUCCUGUAAUAUCUUGUAGGAUCCUUCACCGAUGUCAGCUUAUGAUUGUUAUUGUGAUUAGAGACAAGCUCACUGACCUUCUUUGUUAGGCGAGGAACGGGCGCACCAGACGUCUGCCGUUAUCAUGUACUCAUCAUUCGAAUCUACUUAUAAAGAGACCCAUGAAUUAUCCUCUCCAUACACAUCUUUACAUGACAAUUAUGUUCCCAAAAAGCCGCGCAUAAGUGAACUUAAAACCUUGCUAUUGGCCACAGGAUGUGUGACGAUCCUAGGGUGUUUACUCGCCAUUGCUGUGAUAGAGGUGAUGAAAAAUGAGGACAGUAUUAACAAAGCUUUGAAUCAGAGCACCACACAUCAGCCAGAGCUACAUUAUGAAAGAAGUGAUCGUGUGGACGAAUGCAGGACUGUUCUGGUUGAGAACAUUCCUUUAUGGAUGGAUUAUGGAGCCAAUGCCAGUUUUGGAGUGCCGCUGUACGAGGCGUGGAAAGACCUUCUGUCUACAGCGAGCGAGCAAAUCGAUAUAGCCUCGUUCUAUUGGAUUCUUACUGGAGAAGACAUCGGUGUCAAGUCCAUCACUGACCAGUUUGGUAGAGACAUACUGGAACAAUUGAAAGCGCUGCCAAAAAGAAAUGUGUCGGUGAGAGCUGUGAGCAGCAUCCCUUCUGUGACGAGGAACUCCACAGACCUGGACAUUCUGAGAGAACAUGGAGUCCAUGUGAGACGAGUUAACUUUGGCAAACUGACCCGAGGAAUUCUUCACAGUAAGUUCUGGAUUGUGGACAAGCGACAUAUCUACAUCGGCAGCGCCAACAUGGACUGGAGAGCAUUGACGCAGGUGAAGGAACUCGGAGUGGUGAUUUACAACUGCACCAGUCUGGCCACAGACCUCCAUAAGAUCUUCCAAUCCUACUGGGAUAUGGGACACAGCAAUGCUACGAUCCCAGAUCCCUGGCCUUCUUCUUAUGACACGUCCAUCAAUAUUGACCAGCCUCUUCAUGUCAACCUUAGUGGUGUUCCCAGUAGAGUUUACAUCUCGAAUUCCCCUCCUGCCUUCUGUCCGGACUCGCGCUCCAAGGACCUGGAUGCCAUUUUGUCCGUGUUCAGCCAGGCGGAGCAUUUCAUUCAUGUAGCAGUUAUGGAAUAUUUUCCUGCCUUCAAGUUCUACUAUCAUCACAAAUACUGGCCUGUAAUUGAAAAUGCACUAAUACAGGCAGUGUUUGAGAGGAACGUUACAGUGCGUCUCAUGAUCAGCUGUGGCCGUCACAGCGACCCCUCUGUAUUCCCCUUCCUCAAGUCCAUCGAUGCCCUGAGGUCCACAUCUGACAACAUCAGGAUAGAAGUGAGACUCUACAUUGUUCCAAUGGGUAACGAGACUAUUCCCUACACCAGAAUAAAUCACAACAAAUAUAUGGUGGCAGAUAACAUGGCAUACGUAGGAACCUCCAACUGGUCUGCCGACUACUUCAACAACACCGCUGGUGUCGGGUUGGUGGUUUCUCAAGACGGUUUGCAUUCACCUGGAGACACAUUAGUGGGGCAGCUGAGUGCUGUGUUUGAGCGAGACUGGGACUCCAAAUUUGCUGUGCCACUUGAAAAACUGGGCCACAACCCUGACUGUGCUUUUUCUUAAAGCGUAAAUUGACAAGAUCAGUAUUGGUAUUAAAAGGUUUUACUACACAAGGUGAAAUGAACUGUAAUGAUACAAUGAAAUGCUGCACAUUAUAUAAUGCUUUUAUAAUGGAUUUGUUCAUUUCAACUUGCCAGUAACAGUCAUUUCACGCAGGUGAGAAAGGAUGAGGUGAGAACUGACACAGUUUAACAUCAUAAUGAACAGGCUUGAUAUAGCAGCCUUGACUGAAUAAAGCAAUAGACAUUUAAAGAGAAAAUAAAUCAAAUGAAUAUUGUAAAUCAUGUAGCAUGUAAAUAUUAAAGAUCGCUGAUCUCAAAAAUUAAAAAAUCAUUGUUCUCAGAGCGGGUUACUAAAAGCAGAGGCAGAGGGUCCAUGAUGUUUGAUUUUGUUUUAGUGCUAUCAAUCAAAACCUACAUUUCUGAAUUAUAUGUUGUCACUCAAUUUAAUAAGCGUCCAAAUCUAAAUAAACAGACCUAUAGAUAAUA